AUGCCUCCUCAUGCUAUUAACAGCCCCAAGAAGAAGAGGUCGAAGUGCAAAGGCUCAGAUGCUUCAACUGGCAGGGCAGGUGUACCCAAAAAAUCUUGUCAGACUAUGGACCUCACCGAAACACUCAGCAUACCACUUGUUUCCCUUGGCCUUGCUGAAACUGAAGAUGUCCUUGAGUCUCAGUCUCGAAGUCGUCCUCCCAAGGGCUCCACAUCCCUCAGUCCUAAUAUCCCAGUGAACCCUCAGGCUCCAGAACCAGCUCGUAAAGAACAGAAGGGUCAUUCAAAGAUCAGGCAUGCGGUUCCUCCGCCUUAUAGUUCACUCACUAUUACCAAUGGUCCUGCAAGCAUUGAUAACACAGGUCCUGGUCUUUCAAUGCACCAACCUGGCAGAAGGUUUGGUUUGGUUGCUCCUUCCAGUGCUGGCCAUAGUCUUCAUGAGGCUAACAAUCCACAUGUCACUGUUGGCUCAAAGGCUGUCAAGAAGCAUGCUAUGAAAGUAGCUUGUAAUCCAAACCCACACAAUAUUGAGGACAACAAUGUCAGGCAUCAAUCUAUACUGCAAGAAUUCCAACUGUUGAACAGCAGACCCAAAGUCAGCAGCACCAAUGACAGUGAUGACAAAGAUGAGGACCAGGAUGGGGAUGAGGAUGAGGAUGGGGAGAGGGAAGAGGACCAGGAUGAGUUAGACGAGGAUGAGCACACCAAUGAGAAUAGGUACCAACAUCACAAUGACCAUCCAGGCUUUUCAAAUGAAUUGCUACCUUCGCAGCCUCAAGUCAUUCAUCAUCUCACACCUGAAUUCAAUUUUCAGUACUCCCGUGAUGAGGAUGAUGUGGCUGCUCAGACAAGCCUCAAUGAAAACACUGUAGCAAACUCUCAAUCCUCGACUGUCCACCAGAACAGUGACUCUCAGGGCUCUCUGGAUCCUUUGGUAGGAGUGCAACAGCAACAACAGACACAAUGUUCUGAGGUGAGCAAAUGGUUUUUAUUCUGA